CUAGCUAUAUAUUUUGAAAAUGUUCUGUCAUGAUUUCGUCUCAGAUGUAAUGGAAGCCUUUCUUUGGUUGGUCGCACACUAGCCAUUGAAACAAGCAUUCAAAUCAAGCCACUUGAUCUCAUUACCUAUCCUCACCUCACACUUCUUAGAGAUAAAUUUGAGUUCUCCUCUCAUUUUCCUAUUUAUACAAACCCUUUUCAAUUUAAUUUCCUCCAUUAAUCUCUGUAGUUUCUUCUUCAAGAAAAUAACUUAAAUAUGGCCUCCCAUGGCGGUAUCACUGUUACAACAUCAUCACCUAAAGGCGGCAGUGGACGAGAGUCCCUUUCUGGGUCUGUGAAUUCACCAAAAGGGCAGUGCUUGUGUUCGCCGACGACCCAUAAAGGGUCUUUCCGGUGCCGAUUUCACAGGUCGAGUUCGACGGCGUGGUUAAAGAGAUCGAAGUCCAUGCCUCCGAGUGACAGCGUUUCUUCUCUCUCUCCGAAAUCAGUGGAGUCUACGUAAGAGGUUGAACGGUUGCUUGGGUAUAGGGGCUGCAUAUAUAUAUCUUUAGGAGCCCUGCCUGGUCUGGUCUCUUUCAAUUCUGUGAAAAAAAGAAAGUACGAUUGUAAGGACUUUCUCUGUUUCUUUAAGCAUGUCAUGUGUUAUUCUGUAUAUCAUUGCUGAACCUACAAAACUUAUAAUCUCUUGACCUUCCUGAUCUCUCUCUCUCUCUCUC